AUGAUCGGCUAUCUUUUCAUGGAUACGAUCGAUUUUAUGUUCAUGGUAGAUUUUUCAAUAUCAUUUAUCUUAUAUAUCGUACUCGCAAUGUUCUUCGUUGUUGAUGCUCUUAUACAUAUUAUGAUUCGAUACAGCAGUGACGAACACUUUCAUUCAAAAUAUGGAACAUUUAUCAGUUACAAAACCGUUGCUGCUUUUGCAUGCAUUGCUGAUAAUAUUGCUAGUAUUUCGUAUAUGAUUGGAGCAAUUUUUUCGGGAAAUGAGCGAUUACUAGAUGAAGUUGUAUCCUAUUUUAAUCUGAUUGGUUCGGUUGGUUUUUUAAUGGAAGCGUGUCUUAGUAUGUUUGGGUGGUAUAUUGUUAAACACAAUGAACACUCUGGUGAAAAUGAUAAUCUUCAUGCUUAUGCAUAUGGUUGUAGCGUUGUAGGAGCUCUCCUUUACUCGGCAGCUGCUGUAUUAAAUUUUUUUGUCGAACUAAGAAUAGUUCGACUUACACAAAUUGGAGGAGACGUUGUGUAUCUGAUAGAUUCCAUUCUGUUUUGUGCUUGUUGGUAUCGAUUAAAACAGAAAAUAGAGCUGAAAGCACUAGAAGUGGAUGAAGAAGACUAUCUUUAA